GUGAAGCGAAUUAACCUGCAUGGAUGUUUGUGGAAGAAACCCACGCAGAUUCAAUAACAAAGUUUUUAUUUCGAUAGCAACAAAUUGUUACUAUUUUCUUUUUAAGACCUGGUUUGCAUGCAGUGAUGUUCUGGCUCAUUGUGUCCUCUGUUUUACUGCACUAUGGCUUUUCAGCUCCAAGGCUUAAGGACCUUGAAAUAUGCCAGAUAGAUAACAUCAAACUCCUACAGAGGAUACAAGUUCUGCAGAAUCAGCUACAUUUAGGGGAUCUGCAUCUCCGAGAUCUACUGGGCAACAACUACCACUCCCUGAAGAGCAAAGUAUUUAAAAGCAGCUCCCACAGAAGUAAAGUGGAGGACGUGCUGCUUCCCACAACCAGCGGGAACCUCAUUGUAUAUAAUGAAGAUUGUUCCUCAGUCUUUGAGAGCGGAAGGAAGGAGAGUGGCUAUUAUCGUGUGCGACCAAGGGCGGAGAAUGAGCCCUUCCUAGUGUUCUGUGAUAUGUCUGAUGGUGGUGGGUGGACAGUGAUUCAGCGCAGAAGCAACGGAAAAGUCAACUUCAACCGGAAAUGGGAUGAGUAUAAAGAAGGUUUUGGUCUUUUUAAAAGUAGGAAUGAUGAACACUGGAUUGGGAACAAUCACAUAUAUGACCUUUUGGAUAAAAGAGAAAUGACACUGAAAAUUGAUCUGACGGACUGGCAAGGGAAUGCAAAACACGCAAUCUAUGAAACAUUCAGACUGACCAAUGAGCAGGACAAUUACAAGCUGUGGAUAGGUUAUUACUCUGGAAAUGCCGGAGAUGGCCUCUCUGGUGGCAGUAACUUCGAACAGCAGUGGUCAGCAUCGCACAGUGGAAUGCCAUUCAGCACAUCUGAUAAAGACAAUGACAGGUUCAUUAAGGGUAACUGCGCAAAGGAAAAUAAAUGCGGCUGGUGGUUCAACAGGUGCCAUGCCGCCAAUUUAAAUGGAGUAUACUAUAAAAAAGGAAACUACACUGGAGAAUUUGAUAACGGUAUUGUUUGGUCACCUUGGCAUGGAUUGUGGUACUCGCUGAAAUCUACAGCAAUGAAGAUAAGGCGUCCAUCAUUUCUCAGUGAGGGAAGUGGGUUAGAGGGUUAAUCAAACACUUAGCUAAGUAACAUGGAUUGCCUGUAGACCAGUGUAUCAUGAUGCCUGAAUUCUACCAACCUGGAUAAGAGAACUUUAAAUACCAUUUAAAUACCCCAUUAACAUUAUAUGCCUUUUAUACAUUUAGACUAUACCAGUAGUUCCUAAACUGUGGGGCUGGAGCCCUUAGCGAGCUGUGGCUUUGGGAGCCCAGCUUGACCGCCAGUUAGAUUGACAAAAAGAAAUUAAUAAUUAAGGGGUGACCACAGAUAUGCCAUCCUAUUUAUUAUUGGAAAAAUUGCUAAAUGGCUGAUACCAUAAUGUUUUCUUAUACACUACAUUGCUAAAAGUAGGUGGAUACCUGAACAUCACACCCAUAUGUGCUUGUUGAAUAUUUAAUUUUAAAACCAUAGGCAUUAAUAUGGACUGUCCUCACUUUGCUACUGUUACUGUUUUCACUCUCCUGGAAAGGCUUUUCACUAUAAUUGGUCAUAGUCAAAAUAGCAUUGGUGAGGUCAUGCACUGAUUGGGUGAUGGGGUCUGGCUCGCAGCCAAUGCUCCAAUUCAUCCCAAAGGUGUUUAAUGGGGUCCGGUCAGGUAUCUGUGCAGGCCAAUUACGUCCAGACCCCAUAAUUAAUUUCUUCAUGGAUCUUACUUUGUGCACAGGGGCCCUGUCAUACUGAAACAGAUAAGGGCCUUCCCUAAACUGUUGCAACAAAGCUGGAAGUACAUGAGUUUCUAGAAUGUCUUGUGUUCUUGUAGCAUCUGCCAAAUUCAUAUUCAUCCAUCAGACUGCCAGAUGGUGAGUUGUGAUUCAUCAAUAACCUUGUGUGCAUCGCAGAAACCCAGUUACUGAAGCUCAUGGUGAACAGUUUUUGUUCUACCAUUGCUUUCAGAGCCAGUUUAUAACUUGAAAGUGAGUUUUGCUGAGGACAGACUAUAUUUACGUGCAACUUACUGUAGAACUUGGUGGUCCCAUUCUGUGAACUUGUAUGGCCUUCACAGUCCAAAAAAAAUCCAUAGAACAGUAACAGAACUAAUGGUUCUAGGUCAAGCAGGGUAGAAAUCUGAUUAUCUGAUUUGUCAGUACCUGCCUAUGUCAGAGCCACACCGAAGGUGACUGACAAUAUGAUCUGUUCUACGGCAAGUUUGUCUAAGGAGAUAGCAUGACUGUGUGCUUGAUUUUAUGAGCCAAUAAUUAAUGGGUGUGGAUGAAAUAACAAAACUCAUUAAUUGAAUGUGGUGUUAAUAUUCUUUUGGCUAUGUAGUGUAUUUGUAAUCUUGUUAUGAACUAAAGGGGAUUCUUAAAAAAAUCUUUAAAAAAGUGAUUUAAAUCAAAAAAAUUCCAAAACCACUGGACUAUAUCAUGAAUCUUAAUGUGCACUGAGUCCUAUUAUCUUACACUGGAAGAAACACAUUCAAUAAGUAGAGAUUAUUUGCUGAGUUAAAAAAUAAACAUACACUGCACUGCUUUGCACAAUUCAUUUUGUUUUUGAUGUUGUAUUUUACAUCAUGUCCUCUCUUCCAAGCGAGGAGGGACAACAUGGGACCUGCUUCUCCAAGUCAUGUGACUUUAUGAUCACCUGCUUCUCACUGACAUGUGACUGUAAAAGUUCUUCACCUGCUUCUCCGUUGUUUUUAGGUGAUGUGAAAUAUUUUACAGCAAAAAAACUGAAUAAAACCUGAUAUAAACUGAA